CCAAGGCCAAUGGCUUGAGCCUAGAAAACCUGGUAAGGGAGGUUUCUGAAACUCCAUCUCCUAACCCAAGACACGCAGACAGUGCAGGACAGAGGACUGCUGAAAUGCAAGCUAAAAAUACCAACUACGAACAAGAUGAAGAGUCACUGCAGGAAAUCAGUGAGACUGUACCAGAAGUCUGUUGCUCCCUCUAAGGUCAGUAGCUUGAGUUCUUCUCUAGAGAAACUGCUGAAGGAGGCUUCUGAAACACCGCCUCCUAAACCAAGACGUGUGGACAUGACAGUACAGAGGACUGCUGAGAUGGAAGUUAAAAACACUGCUUGUCAGCAUGAUGGAGAAUCAUUUCAAGAAAUCAUUGAGACCAUAGAGAAAUCUGAUGCCCCUACCAAGGUCAGUGGCUUAAGUUCAGCUCUAGAAAAGCUGCUAAAGGAGGCUUCUGAAACACCACCUCCUAAACCAAGGCGUACAGUACUGAGGACUGCUGAAGUGCGAGCUGAAAACACAAAGCAUCAGCAAGAGGAAGAGUCACUGCAAGAAAUCAGUGAGACUGUACAGAAGUCUGUUGUUCCUUCCAAGCAGAGUAGCUUGAGUUCUUCUCUAGAGAAGCUGCUGAAGGAGGCUUCUGAAACACCACCUCCUAAACCAAGACGUGUGGACAUGACAGUACAGAGGAUUGCUGAGACGGAAAUUAAAAACACUGCCUGUCAGCAUGAUGGAGAAACACUGCGAGAGAUCAUUGAGACCAUUGAAAAGUCUGUUGCCCCCUGUGGGGACAGUGACUUAAGUUCAGCUCUAGAAAAGCUGCUAAAGGAGGCUUCUGAAACACCACCUCCUAAACCAAGGCAUAUGGAUGGCAUAGUGCAGAGGACAGCUGAUAUGCAAGUGGGAAACAUGUUCUGUCAUCAUAAUGGUGAAUUACUGCAGGAAACACCUGCACUGUCUGAGGCUGAAAAUAAAGCAUUGGAUGUUAAUUUCCAGAAGGUACUGAAAGAUGUCUGUGAAACACCAGCUUCUACACUGGAAAAUAUGGAUAAAAAAAUGCAAGGUAAAAUACGAACUAGUCAAAGUAUGUGUAUGCCACAUCAAGAAGGAGACCACCCUCAAGAAAUACAAGAAACGAUAGAAAAAACUACUGUUUCAAACAGUGAAAAAUUCAAAGAAUUCAGUAGCUCAUUGGAAAAACUUCUUCAAGAAGUGUCUGAAGCUUCAUCUCCAAUAUCCAAAGCAUUAGAUAAACAAGAAAAGUUUGGAAAUACGGUGUUUCCAUCACAGACAGAGACUCUAGUCAUGACAGUGUCACAGCCUUAUGAUAAUGCUUUAUGUAGCUGUCAUAAACAGGUGAAGACAGCUAUCAAGAGUGGAGUUCCAGAACAAAAUGUAAAAGCUUCUGUAGAUGAUCUCGCAACUUCUGAAGUGUCUGAGCUCCUUAAAAUAAAUGAGGCUAUUAUUAAAAAAGAACAGAGGAACACAUCUGCAAUAGAUCUUCCUUCCUUGCAAGGAGAGACCAAUACAGUGAUCAAGCCAUUCAAGAUAAAUGAAAUAGGAAGGAAAGGUGAGAGCACAUCCUCGGAUGCCUCUGAAGAUAAUUCACAAUUAAAAGAACUGUUGAAAUUGAGAAGAACAAGCACACCUCUUAAAGAUGAGAGCAGUUCUCCUCAGCUGGAAGGAGUUCAGUCCAGCCUGGCCUUUCAGCGUGAAGAUAAUGAUGAAGAAGAUGGUGACAGUUUGAAUUUUGGAUCCCGGCUUUCAGAUGAAAACUCUGAUUAUUAUUCUGGAACUGGAAGUUCAACUCGUUCAGAAGAAGAAUUAAAUCCUGUUUUGAUGGCUUUGAAAAGGAGUGCAGAUAGGAAAAUGCCUUCCAAAAGUCUAGAGGACAUUCCAUCAGCUACCUCAAAUAAAGGAAAAAUAAAUAUUCCAAAGGAAGAAUUAGCUCUUAGUGCUGAAGAUGGUCUGAAAUCUGAUCAGCAUCAAGUGAGGAAUGAAAAUACAGCAGAAAUCUCCACAGUGCCUUCACAGCCUGAUAAGCCAUUUUCCAAUCCUGAAAAAGUCAAAGGACUGAGCAAGUCAGUACCAUCAUUCCUACAGGAAGAGAGUGAUGACAGAGAGACAGAUACAGCAUCAGAAAGCAGUUAUUCCUUUGGCAGAAUCAAGAAGAGUCCCAGCUCUCUAACCAAUCUUAGCGGUUCUUCUGGCAUGGCCUCCUUAUCCUCUGUGAGUGGAAGCUUAAUGAGUGUCUACAGUGGAGACUUUGGCAGUGUUGAUGUGAAGGGGAACAUUCAGUUUGCUAUUGAUUACGUAGAACAACUGAACGAACUCCACAUUUUCAUUUGCCAGUGUAAAGACUUGGCAGUUGCAGAUGUCAAGAGACAGCGGUCAGACCCGUAUGUGAAGACCUACCUGCUUCCAGAGAAAUACAAGCUGGGCAAACGGAAGACCUCAGUGAAAAAGAAAACUUUUAAUCCAGUCUUCAAUGAAAUACUGCGGUACAAAAUUGAGAAAGAUCUCCUAAAGAACCAAAGCCUUAAUAUCUCUGUCUGGCACAAUGAUACCUUUGGGAGGAAUAGCUUCCUUGGUGAAGUGGAGCUGGAUUUAGGAACUUGGGACUGGAAUGAUAAAUCCAACAAGCAGAUCAACUGGUUUCCACUCAAGCCUAGGACUUCAGCGAUGGCUUUUGAACUAGAAAACAGAGGGGAGAUGAAACUAGCUCUCCAGUAUGUUCCACAACCUGUUGGAGGAAAGAAGAUUCUGUCCACUGGUGAGGUCCACAUUUGGGUGAAGGAAUGCCGUGAUCUUCCUCUUCUGAGGGGCAACAGGCUCAACUCUUUUAUUAAGUGUACAAUUCUUCCAGAUACCAGCAGAAAAAGUCGCCAGAAAACAAGAACAGUGUCAAAAACUACAAACCCAGUAUUCAACCAUACCAUGGUCUAUGAUGGUUUUAGACCAGAAGAUUUGAAAGAAGCCUGCAUAGAACUCACAGUCUGGGAUCACAACAAGCUUGUCAACCAUUUUCUGGGAGGUCUCAGGAUAGGCCUUGGAACAGGUACUAGAAAUGAAGAGAUUAAUCCUUAAUUUACAAAAUUGUCUUUCCAUCCUUUCCAUUUCUUUAAAAAAAAAUAAAAAUAACAGCCAUUUAUUUACUUAAGAGUUUCAUUUAGUGAG